UCUGUUAGCGAUCGAGAGAGAGAAAGAGAGGCGAGAGAGAGAGGGAGAAGUAAACCCAUAGCUGCUGCAACAAUGGUUUCCGGAUCAGGUAUUUGCGCAAAGGAGGUAGUGGUGGACGCCCGCCACCAUAUGCUCGGCCGAUUGUCGUCUAUUUUGGCAAAGGAGCUUCUCAAUGGCCAGCGAGUCACCGUCGUGCGCACUGAAGAGAUCUGCCUCUCCGGUGGUCUCGUUCGUCAGAAAAUGAAGUACCUUCGUUUUCUCCGUAAGCGUAUGAACACCAAGCCUUCUCACGGACCCAUUCACUUCCGUGCUCCUUCGAAGAUCUUGUGGCGUACCAUCCGAGGUAUGAUUCCACACAAGACCAAGCGUGGAGCUGCUGCACUUGCAAGGUUGAAGGUUUAUGAAGGAGUCCCAACUCCUUACAACAGGAAGAAGAGGAUGGUUAUCCCUGAUGCCCUCAAGGUUUUGAGGUUAACUGCUGGACACAAGUACUGCUUGCUUGGUAGGCUUUCAUCCGAAGUUGGAUGGAAUCAUUAUGAGACAAUCAAGGAUCUUGAGAAGAAGAGGAAAGAGAAGGCACAAGUGGUGUAUGAAAGGAAGAAGCAGCUUAACAAACUGCGAGCCAAGGCUGAGAAGGUUGCACAGGAAAAACUUGGUCCACAACUUGAAAUCCUUGCUCCUGUUACCUAUUAAACCUUUUAAAUUUAGUUUCUUGCUAGAGAUUUUGUUUUUUUUCUUCUUAUAUUUCAUUUUGGCAAUACACUUGUGUUGAUUUUGUGUUUUAUUUUUUUGUUGUGCCAACUUUUGAUGCUAUAUUACUUGAUAAACGCUUAAUUCUCGCAAAA